GGUAAAGAAAGAGAUAGGCGUGGUUUUUGUGUGUCAUCAGAUUCUCUUCCGCAGUUCGCUCUCAACCAAACCAUUCUUUGAAAUCUCUCUGUUAACAAAUCCCCUCUUCAAUCUUAUUUGCCAUUGGAGCUUCUGCUUUCCAAACCAUCGUUAUAUUGCAUUACCAACUUCGAUCUGCUUCCUACUUUGGUUUUACCUCUAAAAGAGUGAAUGGCUAUGGCGCAAAACUUCUUUGAACCCGAGGCACAUUUUGAACUGGAUGGAGACGUUUCGCUCAAGCAGAAAUGGAGAUCCAUACCAUCCUCCAAAAAAGUAUCUGAAAAUGAUAACGGCUCCUUCGAGUGCAACAUAUGCUUAGACUCAGCAAGUGACCCUGUGGUCACCCUCUGUGGUCACCUGUAUUGCUGGCCUUGCAUUUACAAGUGGCUUCAGGUCCAGAGCUCAUCUGAUGUUGAACCAGACCAGAAGAAUUGCCCGGUCUGCAAGGCCAACAUCUCUCAUGCCUCAUUGAUUCCCCUCUAUGGUCGUGGUAGAUCCUGUUCAGAUUCUGAAGCCAAGAAACCCAAUUUGGAUUUGGUUAUACCUCGUAGACCACCUCCUGGAUUGAAUACUAUAAUCACUUCUACAACGUCUACAUCGCAUCCAAAUCAGCAACUCCAUCCAAAUUAUUUCCAGUCGCAAUCGCAGUCAUUCCAUCACCCAUACUUUCCCCAUUCUUAUGGAGCUUAUGCAGCAAACAUGUCAUCGUCUAACCUUGGCGGCGCAUCGAUCUUGUUCAAUCCGACAAUUGUGAUGUUUGGAGAACUGGUUUUCUCGAGGAUGUUUGGGAGCUCGGAUACAAAUUUGUUCCCUCAUCCUCCUAUGAAUUCUUACCCAUCAACAGGAAGUGGCAGCCCUAGGAUGAGAAGGCAUGAAAUGCAGUUUGACAAAUCGCUCAACAGAGUGUCCAUCUUUCUCUUUUGCUGCUUGAUUUUGUGUCUUCUCUCGUUUUGAGUUUUUUGAUAUUUGGCUCCACCUUCUGUAUAGUUGUAGGCAUGAGAUUUUGUGAACAUAUAGAAUAUGAAUAUGCUGUUAGAGCGGCCAAUUCUUGUGAGAUAUCAUAAUCAUUUAAUCUGUAUAUAAUGUUAGAUAUCGAGCGGUUGAUCUUUUAUUAUUUAUGGAUCUAUAUUCUCUAUUGUAAACAUACUUUUGACAGUAAUAUUGAUAUAAUAAUAAUAAUAAUUAUUAUUA